CAUACUAUAGCAGACGACGACAACAACGCUCUGUGGCAUGCAGCCCUGCCAAAACUACGCGCACGUGAUGGCACGUGCGAAGAUUCUGCUCUUGUGUUACAUAGUGCCACUGAGGAUAGACCACUAGAAACUUCUUCAUAACCUGCCAAGGCAACACACUACUCAGCGAAAGGCGAAGCCGUCCAGUAAUAGGAACUUCUGCACCGGCGGCUGUCUGGGACCGGGUCGCUGGAAGCGUCCUUUGGAACGCGCGUCGAAACUUGGACCAUACUUGGACGCUGACAGCCUCUCCUGCAUGGAACAGCAUAGUCUUUCAGUGAACUCGUUCGCGGAACGCCAGUGGUGUUUCCUCUGGAAGGCUAGCGACGUCUCGUGCACAGAACGCCAUCGCGUCGGUUUAGCAGUUAAAAGACCCCUACAAGUCAAGUAGACAAGCCAAGGAGACACGGCUUGCGCUGCAGCAUGGAGGGAUCGCCUACUAAGUCACCCCGCAGACGCAAAUGCGUCAGGGCAGUGCCAAAGCGCACCAGGAACAAGAGGGCUGUCGUCAAGCCGUUUUUGCAGUGCGGCGAGUCCGAAGGCGCUUAUCAGGGUGCUGACGCGGCUACAACUUGGGCCAGAAGCCUGUAUCUCUAUGCGUUGCCUGCGCUGCCCGAGCAGAGCGGCGCCGUUGAUGGUCAACCUGUUUCCAACUUCGAUUUCUACUCGAAGCCUCCAGGACAAGGAAGAAGCGAUCACCGUGACCAGAUCCAAGACAGCAUGCCAGCUGCACGCAGUCAAGGCAAUGGAUCCCGAGCCGAUGGUGCCCAGUUUUCUGCUUGCCUCAAGGACGAAGACGGUGUCGACUGGGACGAUCUAGUCUCCCGCCUCGAUCUCAGUUUCCUUGACGAUUAGAUUUAAAAAAACGUAUCUGGAAAAAAAGUGGCAUAAAUUUGGAAAAUGUAAUGCAAAACUGCUUGCCACAUUACUCACAAACAGUUGUAAUCGCCACUAACAGAGUCGUAUAGCGUUAGCCUCAGUGUGACAUGAAACAUGUGUCCAUACCGGUAGUUGCGUUAAAAUGAAAGCGCGCCAUUUAUGCCCAUGUGUGAAGACCUGCCAACCAUGUCUACAGUAAAAGAAAUAUAUUCUGUGCGCCACUCAGACUUUCAGCAUUUGCAUACGCGAAACAUGUUAAUCGGCUUCAUUUGUAUCUGUCUACAUAAAAG